UCACUAUCUCCUCCCUCCAUUUCUACCUUCUUCAGCCUUUGAGGAGAUGAAGAGAAUCCCAAAAGAAAUGUUAAACUAAGGAGAAUUGAUAUACUUUUGCACAUUCUUGCUAGUGGCACUGCAUGUGCUUUGGAAUCCAGAUAAGCCUGACUUUAGCAAAUUGCCUUGUAUCAACCGAAAGUCUAAACUAUAUCUAGGUUACUCUCUCAAGAUACUUAAUACCACUUACUUCAAGCAAGAGGGGGUUCAUCAUUCAGAGAGAAGACAUGGGUGAAGAGGCCAAACAGCAGGAAGAAGCUAAGGUAGACGCUAAGCCAGAGGAGAAGGCAGAAGAAAAGAAGGAAGAGAAAAAGGAGGAGAAGCAAGAAGAGAAGAAGGAGGAGGAACCAAAGCCACCUUCUCCUCUCAUUUUGUACGUGGACUUGCAUUGUGAUGGAUGCGCCAAAAAAGUCGAAAGGUCCAUCAUGAAAAUUCGAGGAGUAGAGGGAGUUGAAAUUGAUAUGGACAAAAACCAGGUGACUAUAAAGGGAGUGGUGGAGCCUGAAGCAGUGUGCAAUAGAAUCACCAGAAAGACCAAGCGCAGAGUCAAAGUGAUCUCUCCACUGCCUCCAGCUGAGGGCGAACCACUUCCCCAAGUCGUCACUUCACAGGUUAGUGGGAUCGUGACCGUGGAGCUAAAUGUCAACAUGCACUGUGAAGCCUGUGCUGAGCAACUUAAGAAGAAGAUACUCAAAAUGAGAGGAGUUCAAACGGCGGCGACAGAGUUAAGCUCGGGAAAAGUCAUGGUCACAGGGACCAUGGACCCGAACAAGCUCGUCGACUAUGUUUAUAGACGAACCAAAAAGCAAGCCAAAAUAAUCCCGCAGCCGGAGCCAGAAAAGCAAGAGGAGAAAAAGGAGGGAAGUGAACCGGCGGAAGAGGCGAAGCCGGAGGAGAAGAAGGAUGAAAACAACGGGGGAGAGAAAAAGGAGGAGGAGAAACCGCAAGAAGAAAAGAAAGAGGGAGAGGGAAAUGAGAAGCCCGACAACGGGACAGAAGAGAAAGCGGAAGAGGCCAAAAUGGAAGGAGAGGAAGUGGAGAACGUGGCCUUUUACGACGACGAUGGUAUGAGGAGGAUGAUGUAUUAUUAUCAGCCGCUUUACAUCAUCGAGAGACCCCCGCCUGCUCCUCAGCUCUUCAGCGACGAGAAUCCCAAUGCAUGUUGCGUCUCUUGACGACGACGACGACGAUUAUUAUUACAAAUAAGUUGUAAUAUAUGUCGAGGUCGAGUUGAAAAUAUAUGAUUGUUAAUUUUCUUUAUGGUUGGGUGUGUAGGGAAGAGGAAUAAUCAAGUCCCAAAUUAUAGGCAUGGCACACAAUCCUUUUUGUAUUUGUGUGCACUUGAUAGUUGCAAAGAAGGUGUGGAUUAUGAUGUUAUUGGGUAAAGGUGUUCAAA